AUCCCAACAAAACAUGAUCUAUUACGUUUUAGAUAUCCAGAUCUAGGUAAUGGUAUGGGAUUAAAAGUGGGAGAUAUCUAUGCAAUAGGAGAGAUAAUCGAUGAGGUCGACUCAGUAACAGGAUUAUAUGUUUUACGUGCACAGGUAACGAAUAAAACAUACGGGAUCACAACAUGGGUCAAGUUUACAAACUUCAAGGUGUUUUUUGAUGUUCUCAUAUCACCCAAUCACCCAAAUCCCAAAGAGUAUUAUAAUAUUUUAAUCAAAACAAUGGAAUACACAAAUGCUAAACAUCCUAAUGGCGCAUGGGUAAGGAUGACCAGUUUAAUAAAGGAUUACCCGAUAGUUAAACGUAAUGAUGGUAAAGAGUAUUUACGAAUUAGAUUCACAGAUCAUAACUCACUUAGUGGUAAAUAUAGACAAUUUAUCACUCGUAGUCGAAUAUACACGAAUGGGAAAGAAGACUAUUUCCAUGUUUCAGGUUUCUUUAUACUUAAGGAUGAAAC